GUUACGCAAAACUAAAUCUUCCAAUACCGUCUGUCUCCUCUCCCGACGUCGGCGACCAAAACUAAAUCCCCCGUCAGCAAAGUUCAGGAGACAUGGGGAGUGAGAAUAAUCUGAAGACAUGGAUAUCUGAUAAACUGAUGUCAAUACUGGGAUUUUCUCAGCCUGCAGUUGUGCAGUACAUUAUUGCAUUAGCUAAGCAAGCAAGGUCACAUGCUGAUGUACUGGUUAAGUUAGAGGAAUGUGGGUUGCCUUCAUCAAGUGAAACUCGUACAUUUGCUGAAGAAAUCUAUGUUAAAAUUCCCCGUAAAGCAUCUGGCCAAAAUAUUUACCAAAAACAAGAAAGGGAAGCCGCUAUGCUGGUCAGAAAGCAAAAAACUUAUAUGCUUCUAGACGCUGAUGACGAUGAUGAUGAUGCUGGAGCCAACACUAUUGUUGAUAAGAAUUCUUCUACCAAGUCUGCUUCUGUGACUAGAAAGGGAGAUACUCAUAAAAAACGAUUCAGGAAGAAGAUUGAAAGUGAAGAAGAUCAAGAUGAUGAGGUGGCUGCACAAGUGGAAGAUCAAAGACGAGUAAGAAGACGGACUUCUGGAGAUGAGGACGAUAGCUCAGAGUCAGAGGAAGAGAGAUUGCGUGACCAAAGAGAGAAGGAGGAAUUGGAAAGACAUAUAAGAGAACGUGAUGCUGCAGCUACUAGGAAGUUAAUGGAGCCAACAUUAACCCGAAAGGAAGAAGAAGAGGCAAUUCGGAGAUCAAAUGCCCAGGAACAGAAUGAUAUUAACGAUUUAAGAAAGGUUUCAAGAUACGAAUACUUAAAGAAAAGGGAGCAAAAGAAGCUGGAGGAACUCAGGGAUGAUAUAGAAGAUGAGCAAUACCUUUUUGAAGGCACGAAACUUACAGAAGUGGAAGAGCGUGAGCUAAGAUACAAGAAGGAAAUAUAUGAACUUGUGAAGAAGCGAUCAGAAGAAGACGAUAAUUUGAAUGAGUAUAGGAUGCCAGAAGCUUAUGAUAAGGAAGGAGGUGUUGAUCAAGAGAAGAGAUUUGCUGUGGCUUUGCAGCGUUACAGGGAUCCAAGUGCUGGAGAUAAAAUGAAUCCUUUUGCUGAACAAGAGGCCUGGGAGGAGCAUCAAAUUGGCAAGGCAACUUUGAAAUUUGGCUCAAAAAAUAAAAAGCAAGCAUCUGAUGAUUAUCAGUAUGUAUUUGAUGAUCAGAUUGAGUUUGUUAAGCAGUCAGUGAUGGCUGGUGAUAAUUUUGGUGAUGAGAUGUCAAUGGAGUCACCUGAAAAGUCCAUGGCAAAGUCAGCCUUUGAGAAACUACAGGAGGACAGAAAAACUUUGCCUGUUUAUCCAUAUCGAGAUGAGCUGCUCCAAGCUGUUAAUGAUCACCAGGUUCUUGUUAUUGUUGGAGAAACGGGUUCUGGAAAGACCACACAGAUACCUCAGUAUCUUCAUGAAGCUGGUUACACCAAACGUGGAAAGGUUGCUUGUACACAGCCUCGGAGGGUUGCUGCAAUGAGUGUUGCUGCUCGAGUUUCUCAAGAAAUGGGUGUCAAACUUGGGCAUGAGGUUGGUUAUUCCAUUCGUUUUGAAGAUUGCACCUCAGAAAAAACUGUUCUGAAAUAUAUGACUGAUGGAAUGUUGUUGCGAGAAUUACUUGGUGAGCCAGAUCUUGCAAGCUAUAGUGUUGUGAUGGUAGAUGAGGCUCAUGAAAGAACUGUGUCUACUGACAUUCUUUUUGGAUUGGUGAAGGAUAUAGCACGGUUUCGAAAGGAUCUCAAGUUACUUAUUUCAAGUGCCACUCUUGAUGCGGAGAAGUUCAGUGAUUUUUUUGAUUCUGCUCCCAUUUUCAAGAUUCCUGGCAGAAGGUAUCCUGUUGAGAUCCACUACACAAAAGCACCAGAAGCUGAUUACUUGGAUGCUGCAAUUGUCACUGUUCUUCAAAUCCAUGUGUCUCAGCCGCAAGGAGAUAUUUUGGUUUUCCUCACUGGUCAGGAGGAAAUUGAGACUGCAGAAGAAAUUUUGAAGCAUAGAACAAGAGGUUUGGGGACAAAAAUAUCAGAACUUAUAAUCUGCCCCAUAUAUGCCAACCUUCCAACUGAGCUUCAAGCUAAAAUAUUUGAGCCAACUCCUGAAGGUGGACGUAAGGUAGUCCUGGCAACAAACAUUGCUGAAACAUCAGUAACCAUUGAUGGGAUUAAGUAUGUAAUUGAUCCAGGUUUUUGCAAGAUGAAAUCUUAUAACCCAAGGACUGGGAUGGAGAGUUUGUUGAUUACUCCUAUCUCUAAAGCUUCUGCCAAUCAACGGGCUGGUCGAUCUGGACGAACAGGUCCAGGAAUGUGUUUCCGGUUGUAUACUGCACACAAUUAUUACACUGAGUUGGAUGAUAAUACACCACCAGAAAUACAGCGUACUAACCUUGCUAAUGUUGUCCUUGCUUUGAAGAGUCUUGGAAUUCAUGACUUGCUACAUUUUGAUUUUAUGGAUCCACCACCUGCUGAAGCACUACUCAAAGCGCUGGAACUUCUUUUUGCAUUGAGUGCCCUAAAUAAACUUGGGGAGUUGACUAAAGUUGGUAGAAGGAUGGCUGAGUUCCCUCUUGAUCCCAUGCUAUCCAAAAUGAUAGUUGCUUCUGACAAGUACAAGUGCUCAGAUGAAAUCAUCUCAAUUGCUGCAAUGCUUUCUAUUGGGAAUUCUAUUUUUUAUCGUCCAAAGGACAAACAAGUUCAUGCUGAUAAUGCAAGGAUGAAUUUUCACACUGGAAAUGUGGGGGAUCACAUUGCUCUGCUCAAGGUUUAUAAUUCUUGGAGGGAGACAAAUUACUCAACACAGUGGUGUUAUGAAAAUUAUAUUCAGGUCAGAAGUAUGAAACGUGCCAGAGAUAUCAGAGACCAAUUGGAGGGGCUUUUGGAGAGAGUUGAAAUUGAACUAACAUCCAAUUCAAAUGAUUUAGAGGCUAUAAAGAAGGCUAUUACAUCUGGAUUUUUCCCUCAUUCAGCAAGGUUGCAGAAAAAUGGUUCUUACCGGACGGUGAAGCAUCCACAGACUGUUUAUAUACAUCCAUCCUCUGGGUUGGCACAGGUGUACCCAAGAUGGGUUUUGUACCAUGAACUGGUUCUUACAACCAAAGAGUAUAUGCGAACGGUUACUGAGCUGAAACCAGAGUGGUUGGUGGAAAUAGCUCCACAUUAUUACCAGAUGAAGGAUGUUGAAGAUUCUGGAUCAAAGAAAAUGCCAAAGGGACAUGGUCGCCCGUCAGAGUAACUUGUAUAAGUUGGUUGCUGGUUUUCGAAGAAGCAACAUUACUUGUAACUUAGGGUAGUUAAUGUACUCUGUCCUUUUAUUUGUUGACGAGGAAAAGCUCCCCAGCAGAGAAAAGAGGAUGUAAAUACAAUUUUGUGAAAAUUUUUACCGUACCAGAAGGUAUAACAAGUUAACAUUAAUUGCAUUGUACAGAGAUGAGAGAACAUGAACACCCUUACCGUUAGUAUGAAAUCAAUGUACAUUUUGAUUAAUUAAUGAUGCCUUGUGUA